AUGGAUAAGCUCUUACAUUGGUCUAUUGCGAAUGCGCAGGGAGACAAGGAGGCUGCGGCCAAGGCAGGCGCGCCGGAUCCAAAACUGCUGCAGCAGCUGUUUGGCGGCGGUCCAGACGAGCCGGCGCUAAUGCGGGAUGCCAUGGCUGUGAUCAUGAACCCAGAAGCGACGGUUGAUAACAAGCUUGUGGCGUUUGACAACUUUGAAAUGCUCAUUGAGAAUCUGGAUAACGCGAAUAACAUCGAAAACAUGCGCCUAUGGGCUCCACUGAUCAGUAUACUGGAGAGCGAAGAAGAACAGUUGAGAGAAUGCGCGCUCUCCGUGGUGGGUACAGCCGUGCAAAACAACGAGAAGUCGCAGAGCAACUUUCUGAAGCACGACGGGGCGAUGAAGAAGAUUAUAGAGCUGGCCCGGAAGGACAGUGAGUCGGAGCAGGUACGGACAAAGGCAUUUUACGCUUUAUCAAACAUUGUACGCCAUAAUAAGGACGCAAGUGCACUAUUCGUGGACAACGGAGGGCUGGAGAUCAUGGCGCCUGUGUUGAAGCACCAGAAUACAGGCGAAAAAAUGAAGAUCCGCGCGCUGGCACUCUUAACAUCAGUGCUAACCUCGUUAUCAGCUGAUGAAAAGUUCUCGGACAGAAUUCGGGAGGACAAGAUUCUGGAGGCAAGUUUGGAGCACCUUGCGCCGUCUGCGAACCCAUAUUUGAUCGAUAGAGUACUAAACCUCCUGGUGUUGAUGAAGGGUUCUGGGGCCAAGUUCGACACGGACGAACUUUCUAAGAUCCGCAAGUCGUUUGCCUCCCUGUACCCUGUGAAAGAUCAGCUAAAUGAGGAUGACUACAAUGCAGUGAAAGAAAUGCUAGGUUAA